GUAAAUAUGUCAACCCCGGCCCGAAAAACCCCAAAAGGAGGCCGAAAGCGGCGUGGCAAUGGACUGGAGGCGCCGCAUUCGAUUGGUCGCUUCAACAAAAAACCUUCGGAAUCGUUCGUUCGAACUAUGGACUGGGAUUUCAAAGAGCUUAGGAAAAUCGCGGAAAAUUCCAAGUCAAAGACAAUUCCUCCAGAGCUCCUCCACACCUUCAGUGUCCACCCAAAUUCGGUGAAUCAUCAGAUUCUUCAAGGAAGACUUCUCAAUUGUCCUAUCAGCGUUCUUCACAAUAUUCUACAUGUUGUAGCCGGAUUCGAAGGACAGUUCCCGAGUGCGGAUUUUGGCGAUGUUUUCUCCCGACAGGUGGAUCAAAAAUGCUUGAACGCACGGAAAAAGAUGAGCCAGGAAAAGGACACACCAUCACACUGAUCACUGGGACGAAAACAACUGCCUAAUGGACUUAAUUUUGUUUCCCACCUUUUUUUGUUGUUAUUUUUGAGAUUUUCGUACUUUGCGUUUUAGAUGGUUAAACGGUAGGAAGGGGAAGGAGCGGGCUGCGAACUGCCAUUGCUGCAAGACCACGCAGGUGUCGCCUCCAAACCACGCAGGCAACGCGUUGAAACCACGCAGGGACUGGCAUUCUUGAGCGUGGUUUGUACGCGUUGCCUGCGUGGUUUGGAGCGGUGCCUGCGUGGUUCGGUUUAUCUGAGUAGUAAAUUUUAAGGUCUUUCAGCAUAUACCAAUAAUAUUCCAGUAGGUACAAGAAGCUUCACGUAGUUACAGAAAUAGUACAUUUUCAGCCCUACCUUUUAGUGCGUAUUUUAUUAUUUAAUGAAAACUACCAUUUAUAGGCAAAAAUAGAUGAAUUUUCCAAACUUUGAAAAUUCAUAAAUCUUUUGAAAGUAACUUUUUUUGAAAUGUCUUUCAGAAACUUUGUAGUAAAUUUUAAGCUCUUUCAGCAUAUACCAAUAAUAUUCCAGUAGGUACAAGAAGCUUCACGUAGUUACAGAAAUGUUUUAUUUAAUUAUUUAAUUAUUAAUUAAAUGAAUAAAUAAAUAUUAAUUAAAUAAAUAAAUAAAUAUUAAUUAAAUAAAUAAAUAUUAAUUAAA